GCUUACAUUCUAAGUGUGAUCGGUUUGACUGCUGGGCAAUUGAAUUUUGGGACAACGUCAUCGCCGCAGUGCCAAAAUGAUGCUGCUUGCACUCCACCAUCUGUAUGCAUUGACAACAUCUGCGCACAAGGAGUGUCUUGCAAAAGUAACGCUGAUUGUAAUGAUCCAAGGUUUGAGUGUAAUCGACAAUUUUGCAUUCCCAAGCGCAAGUGGAGACCAGAUAAGUUGAUGACGUGUAAAACAGACGCUUCUUGCAUUUCGCCAGCAAAGUGUGUGGACAAUUUUUGCGUAGUCAACUUAAAAUGUCGUAACCACGAAGACUGUGGCAGCCCUCAUCUUAAAUGCAUACAGUCAGUCUGUAUUCUACUGUCUGAACCAAAACCUCCGGUGAGCUUGGGACAGAUGUCGCUCCAACAAUCUCAAAUAACAACACAGAAUGGUCAAGGUGCAUCAGGACCCAAUCCUUCAUAUCCUGGCCAGAUUCCAGAUAUAAUACCGCCACCCCCGCCUCAGCCGAUAACCGACUGCGUGAACGGUGGUUGCCCCGAAGGAUACACGUGCAUAGCUGGUUCUUGCGUAUACGCGAAAAAUUGCAGAGUUGACUCCGAUUGCGGUGGCUACGGCUUUAAAUGCAUAAAAAGUGCGUGCAUGCGAGUUAGUCUUCAAAUCCUGCCAAAAGAAUAUAUAAUACAAGCUCGCAGUUAGUUUUGAUGUGUUUGCAUGAUUGUUUAUCAAGC